AUGCAGGACGAGAUGUUCCGUCUGGCAAGUCUUGGUAUUGGUGCCGUGGAUAACAAGCUCGGAAAUGCACUUGGGACUGAUCUCCGAAAGUUUAUGCUGACUGAGGGAGGGAUAUGGGACAAUUUUUUCCAUCGAGAAAGCUUAAAGAUUCUAGUUCGCUACAGCCUCAUACAACGAGUGGAAGGUGAUUGGCCAGGCGUCACGAUGCACAGCUUAGUUCAGUGGAGAGCAAAGCAUAGCAACCAAAAUCAACCAUGGGAGUGGUGGUGCACUAAUUUUGUGCUUGCCGCAUGCUCUAAAAUUACGAAAGAUAAACCAGAGUUUCGUCGGCACCUGGUGGUGCAUCUCCCGUCUUUCAGGGAUAUUGACCUGGUCCGGAUAAACAAUAUAGAAAUGGGUGAAAUAUUCCUCUGGAAUACAUUGGCAUAUGUUCAUUAUUAUGAAGGCCAGUGGGAAGAGGCGGAGAAGCUCCAGGUGCAGGUGGUGGACGCUCACAAGACAAAGCUCGGCGAGGAUCAUCUUGCCACAUUGACGAGUAUGGCCAACCUUGCAAUGACAUACUGGAAUCAGGGCCGGUGGGAGGAGGCGGAGAAGCUCAAUGUGCAGGUGGUGGAGACUGACAAGACAAAGCUCGGCGAGAAUCAUCCUCACACACUGAUUACUAUGGCCAACCUUGCAUUGAUAUACAGGGAUCAGGGCCGGUGGGAGGAGGCGGAGAAGCUCAAUGUGCAGGUGUGA